CGUGAGUGAACAUAGAAGCAUGGGGGCAUCAGGAGUUGGGGGAGGCGUCCUGGGGACGCGGUGGGAUGGCCCUUGAGGACACAGGGCAGUUUCAGAUGCCUCUGGAUGUUCAAUGAUAGCAUUUCUCCAUACUGGAGCAGCAAAGUUUCCCCAAAACUUACUUUCAAGGUCAAGACAAGCUGUGUCCCCCCUCUUCCCAGCUGGUGUUCUCAAAGGGUUCAGCUCCAUCGUAAGCAGGAAACUGGCGUCCCACGGCUUUGGAGCUUCCAUGGCAGCAAUGUCAUCCUUCCCUCCACAGAGAUAUCACUACUUCUUAGUGCUGGAUUUUGAGGCUACAUGUGAUAAACCGCAGAUUCAUCCUCAGGAAAUCAUCGAAUUCCCUAUCCUGAAGCUGAAUGGCAGGACGAUGGAGAUCGAAUCCACCUUUCACAUGUAUGUUCAGCCUGUGGUGCAUCCCCAGCUUACGCCCUUCUGUACAGAGCUGACUGGGAUUAUUCAAGGCAUGGUGGAUGGGCAGCCGAGCCUCCAGCAAGUGCUUGAGCGGGUUGACGAGUGGAUGGCAAAGGAAGGCCUCUUAGAUCCCAGCGUCAAGUCGAUUUUUGUGACCUGUGGAGACUGGGAUUUGAAAGUGAUGUUACCAGGACAAUGCCAGUACUUAGGGCUGCCGGUUGCUGAUUACUUCAAACAGUGGAUUAAUCUGAAAAAGGCGUACAGCUUUGCCAUGGGGAGUUGGCCAAAGAACGGGCUCUUAGACAUGAACAAAGGACUGAACCUACAGCACAUAGGGAGGCCUCACAGCGGGAUAGAUGACUGCAAGAACAUUGCCAACAUCAUGAAGACACUGGCCCAUAGAGGCUUCAUCUUCAAGCAGACCUCCAAACCUUUUUGAUCCCCCAGGCAAGCCAGGCAAGGGCUGCAUGCGCCCGGUGCCGGCGAGGCGGGGAGGACGGGCUCCAGCAUUAAAAAAAACCCGGCAACCGAGGCCAGAGGAACCGACACAAAAAAAAUCUCAAUUUCAGCUGUUAACUCCAGUAGAGGUUGUAUAUAUGGGAAGGCAAAUCUGUGUAGACCUGAUGUGACUCCCUCUCUGGGCUGCUCCGGACAUUAUGCCAUGCUAGCGGACAGCCGCGUAGGGCGCUUGCACCACAUUUUAGACUUGUAGUUCGUUCUUUUUCUUUGGCUCCUGAUUUCCGUCCCUCCCUCCAUAUCCCACCCCGUCCUU